AGGAAGUCCUUCAGGCCUGGACUUGGCUGUAACUUGUCAGAGGAGGCAGAGGAGCUCUGGAGGCAUCACGCAGGAGCAGAGGAGUCAGGGUCCGAGCGGUGGGGUUGGGAGACCCUCGUGUCAGCGGGUCAGCUGCCAGAAGAUGAAGAACAAAAUCACCAACAUCCUCGCAGACUUCUUCUUUGAGUAUGAGACCCCACGCCAGGUGCUGGUGAGGAACAAGAGGAUCGGCGUGGUGUGCCGUGUGAUCCAGCUGGGGGUCCUGGCUUACAUCAUCGGGUGGGUGUUCAUCUACGAGAAAGGCUACCAGUCCACAGACACAGCGAUCAGCUCUGUUUAUACCAAAAUGAAAGGAGUGGGCUACACCAACGUGAGCGGGGUGGAGAAAUUCUGGGAUGUGGCCGACUAUGUCUUCCCUCCACAGGGUGCUUCAUCUUUUGUGGUGAUGACAAAUUUCAUCAUAACUGAAGGUCAGAAAAUGGGAAAAUGUCCAGAGCUUUCGGACAAACAUCUCUGCAAGUCACACAAAGACUGUAAACAAGGGAAAUACAACCGCACGGGAAACGGACACAUGACUGGAGUCUGUGUGAAUGAGACUAAGACUUGUGAGAUUUUGGCCUGGUGCCCCGUAGAGGAUGACCGCAAUAUACCAAGACCUGCUCUGUUGUUGUCAGCUGAGAACUACACGCUGUUCAUCAAAAACUCCAUAACCUUCCCUCUGUUCGGUGUCACCAGGAGUAACCUUGUGGAGGGGGUCGAUCAGUCCUACAUCCGUCACUGCUUAUUUCAUCCAGAACAUUCUCCGCUGUGUCCCAUAUUCAGACUGGGCGACAUUGUCAAACUGUCGGGCUUCAAUUUCGACACACUAGCUGAACUGGGAGGGGCCAUCAGCAUUGUGAUUGACUGGACAUGUAACCUGGAUGUGCACAUCAAACACUGCAAGCCAAAGUACAAUUUCCACGGCCUGUAUGGUAAUCCCAGCGAGACAGACGGAGCCAGGGCCUCUGUGGGCUACAACUUCAGAUAUGCAAAGCAUUAUGUAGAGGACAAGGAGGAGAAAAGAACCCUUCUCAAAGUUUUUGGUAUCAGGUUUGAUAUCAUUGUGCAGUCACUGGCCAGAAAAUUUGAUAUCAUCCCGACACUGACUGCAAUCGGCUCUGGAGUGGGCAUCUUUGGAGUGGCAACUGUUGUGUGUGACUUGGUGUUGCUGCAUUUGCUACCGAAAAGAGAAUUUUACAAGAACAUGAAAUUCAAAUACACAGAUUCACAACUACAGGACCCUGAUUCAGAAGAAGAUGCCACAAAGAAAGAAGGACCCAACAAAUAACCAGGCAGCAUAUCUGUGUGGAGGUCAACAUACAUGUGGACUUUGUAAAUGAACUCAAGGGGACUGGACGGGACUCGAACGCACAGUGUGUCCUCUCAAGAUUUUUUUCCUCCAGAGUUUCUAAAAAUUCUCCUGAGCUGCUGUGACUUUAUCGUGUGUGGGAAAGCUAACAGAGCGGCUCUUUGUCUGUGUGUUUUUGAGUGUAGCUCCAGUUUAUUUUUCUUAGGGUGUAACAACAUUCAUACGGGUAAAAAAAAAAAAAAACAUGAUCACGCGUCACACCCUUCUGUGUGCACAAGGUCAAAGUGUUAGUCAUUAAUUGCCUCUGACACGGUCUGUCUUAAAGCAGGAUGUAAACAGAUCCACUGUGAUCCAGUCCUUACGUGCACUUUGUAAGAAACAGUACAACUUUUUAUUUCUUGUGAUGAUGGUGGUGGGAGUCAAAAAAAGGAGACAAAAUAUCAGGACAUUGAUACUGUUUUGUGUUUAGGUAUACAAAAAAAAAGCCCCCCCCAAAAAGAGAGUUUGAGUCUUUAUAUUUAUAUCAUGAUAAU